AUGUUUCACAACAUUCUGAAAACGCGACUAAUAACAAUAUUAGCAGGAUUGCUAAUUAUUUCCCGUAAUUUAGCGACCAUUAAAGCGGAAGAAGAAAUUGCAGCCGUUGAAAAUGUAGCGCCCCUUACACCGGAAUUAUUGUCGCAGGAUAUACAAGGACAUGAAAAUACUUCUGGGCGUAAAGUAAGACAAUUUGGUUAUUAUCCUCCUCCACCACCGCCACCACCAUUCGGCUUCCCUCCACCAGCCUUUGGGCGACCUCCUCCACCACCACCGCCAUACUUCGGUUAUGGUGGUGGUUUUGGAAGAACCCGCGUAAUAACACGUACCCGUACACGUUAUGUCAAUCGUUAUGGAGGAUUUGGCGGUUUCUAUGGUUAA